CUGCUUUCAACGCCUCUUCCUCAUUAAGAGUAGAGUUGUGUUCACGUGUGGUUGUGUCUCCUUUUUCCACAAAAUAGGUCACACAACCCACCUCCAUUCGUGAAUUAACUCUCCUGUAAAAAAAAUCCAAAAAAAUAUAAAAAUCCAGAAAAACCAAGCCAAAAAAAUCGAAAAAUCGUAGCCGAAAACCGCGAAACCCAGUAAAGUGUGGAAAAAAAUAGUAAUCAAAGCAAGAGAAGCGACGUGGUCGGAAAAGAGCAAGCCAUAUUGAAGGGAACCAAGAGAACGCCGAGAAACCGGAGGAUUUCGAACGCGUAGCGGCCGUAUCGACGUGGGAAAAAUACAAGCAUGAAUCCGGGAGCUCCGAAUUACCCGAUGGCCUCCCUCUACGUGGGAGAUCUCCAUUCCGAGAUCACCGAGGCGAUGCUGUUCGAAAAGUUCUCAUCGGCUGGCCCUGUCCUUUCGAUCCGCGUUUGCCGCGACAUGAUCACCCGACGCUCGCUCGGCUAUGCCUACGUUAACUUUCAACAGCCAGCCGACGCCGAACGUGCACUGGAUACCAUGAAUUUCGAUAUGAUAAAGGGACGGCCGAUACGCAUAAUGUGGUCUCAGCGAGAUCCAUCCCUUCGAAAAUCUGGUGUCGGAAAUGUCUUCAUAAAAAAUUUGGACAAAAAUAUAGACAAUAAAGCAAUGUAUGACACAUUUUCGGCCUUUGGGAACAUAUUAAGUUGCAAAGUUGCCCAAGACGAAUCAGGUAAUUCGAAGGGCUACGGUUUCGUCCACUUUGAAACGGAGGAGGCAGCCAACAAAUCCAUCGACAAAGUGAACGGAAUGUUGCUGAAUGGAAAGAAGGUGUACGUCGGAAAGUUUAUCCCCCGCAAGGAGCGCGAGAAGGAACUCGGAGAGAAGGCUAAACUGUUUACGAACGUUUAUGUGAAAAAUUUCCCCGAAGAUAUGACCGACGAAAAAUUGAAGGAAAUGUUCGAAGUGUACGGCACCAUUACCAGUCACAAGGUAAUGAGCAAGGACGACGGAAAAUCACGUGGAUUCGGAUUCGUCGCUUUCGAGGAUCCCGAUUGCGCUGAGCAGGCUGUACAGGAGUUAAACGGCAAGGAGGUUGCCGAAGGAAAAUGUAUGUACGUAGGUCGCGCCCAGAAAAAAGCUGAGCGUCAGCAGGAGCUGAAGAGGAAGUUCGAGCAACUUAAGAUCGAACGAUUGAACCGCUAUCAGGGUGUGAAUCUGUAUGUAAAAAAUUUGGACGAUACCAUCGACGACGAGCGCUUGCGCAAGGAAUUCACCCCCUUUGGCACGAUAACUUCUGCCAAAGUCAUGAUGGAAGACGGUCGCAGCAAGGGCUUUGGAUUCGUCUGCUUCUCCGCCCCGGAGGAGGCGACCAAAGCGGUUACGGAAAUGAACGGCCGCAUAGUGGGCUCGAAACCUCUAUACGUUGCCUUGGCCCAACGUAAAGAGGAUCGCAAAGCUCAUUUGGCCUCGCAGUACAUGCAGCGGGUGACCAAUUUGCGCAUACAACAAAUCGGACAUAUAUUCCCACCAAGUGGCACGGGCAACUACUUCGUCCCCACGCUUCCUCAGCCCCAGCGAUUCUACGGGCCUGCUCAGAUGGCCCAGAUUCGCGCGACCCCGCGUUGGCCGGCACAACCCAAUCAAGUAAGGCCCAAUGCACAAACCGGAAGCUCGGGCUUCGCGGCCAUGCAAACGCCGUUCCGGGCCACGCCUCGUACUCCGGCUGCCCAACCCGGAGCGAUGCGUAACGCCAUCUCGGCAAGGCCCAUCACAGGACAACAGGCGGUCGGUGGCGCCAACAUGCAGAGUCGCUCGAUGGCCGGCCCAGCGGUCGGAGUCUCUCCCCAGAGUCGCCCACCGAACUACAAGUACACUUCGAACAUGCGCAACCCACCGCCGACCAUGACCAUUCCCGCUCCGGGCGCCCCGGUGCAACAAGCGGUCCACAUCCAAGGUCAGGAACCGCUGACGGCCACCAUGCUGGCAGCGGCUCCUCCGCAGGAACAGAAGCAGAUGCUGGGAGAACGUCUGUUCCCGCUCAUUCAGUGCAUGUAUCCCUCGCUAACUGGGAAGAUCACCGGGAUGUUGCUGGAAAUCGACAAUUCGGAGCUCCUCCACAUGUUGGAGCACAGCGAGUCCCUGAAAGCCAAGGUCGAGGAGGCCGUGGCCGUGCUGCAGGCUCACCAGGCCAAGCAGGCUUCCAAGAAAGAAUAAUCUUUUUACGACAGGCUAUCGUUUUAUUCUUCAUUUAUUAUUCAACCGUAAUAUCGUUUCCCUUUCUUCUUUUCGAUUCUGCGAUUGAUCCUCGGUUUCUGAAAUUUCUACGUGGCUUCACAACGGCGCGAGACACCCAGGAAAAGCUGUUACAUGUAAGCUAAUCACGAAUCGCAAAGAGGGUUUUUUCUUCAAGUUUUAUGAUAAUAAAUUUUCCUUUCGAGGUAAA